AUGGACGCCGUUUCAGACUGGAUGCGUUCCAACCGGCUCCAGCUCAAAGCAUCGAAAACCGAAUUUAUUUGGUUCGCGACCGCUCGUCGCCAACAUCAGCUUCCAGCAAACCUUGUGCGCGCGGGCGACGAGUUCGUCGCACCUGCAUCCUCUGUACGCAGCCUCGGCAUUCAGCUGGACUCGGAACAAUCUAUGAACAACCACAUUGCCAAAGUAACCGCUGCUUGUUUUGGCAUCCUGCGGCGAAUUCGUAGCGUCAGUCGCUGUCUCUCGAGGCCGGUCCUCGAGGCCCUCAUGGUGGCGCUUGUGCUGACCAGGCUGGACUAUGACAAUGCCACACUCUACGGACUUCCCAUCACGGCACUUAACAAACUGCAAUUCGUAAUGAACGCUGCAGCGCGACUCAAUCUCACUUAUUCCUCUGAGUGUAACGCCUCCCUCCUGAUCGAAGUCAUCACGGGUCGAUGGGCUGAAGGUCUGCCCUCACCUGCCCAGGGGCAUGGGGGGGGGACUGAGGGGCUAGGACAGGGGCUAACGGGGGUUAACAUGGGGGGUGUGAUUGUGAAGAAAAUUUCCUAA